AUGAGCGAGCAUCUGCUGUUCGACGACCUGCCGUUCCAGCUCCCACCCUCGAGCUCGCAGCCCCCGUCGCACCGCACGCCGCCGCCCCCUCCGCCAGUCGCACGCCCACCGGUGGUGUCGUCGGCGACCACGAGCUCGAGCAUGCCCCGCGCGACCCGCCGAGGGCAAUCGCUCGUCGCGGCCCUCACUGGCCAGGAUGUGCCGAGCGAGCCCAAGCCCAAGCACCGCAAGGGCGGGCCCGCAAAGCAGCACGAGCCACCAGCAGAGUCGGACACGUCGGCCGCACCGCCAGGCUUCAAGAUCGUCUUGCGCGCUCCCGGCCAAGAUGCUGCAUCACCCGAGCUCUCGACAUCGCCUCCCAGUACCACGUCGGCCAUCCCGACCUUUGUUUGCGACCCGUCCGCCUCGACCCCGUCCGAGCCGACCCGCACCGCCUCGCCAGCCGACUGCCCCGUACCAGCCGCCGCCAGCACCUCUUCCACCGCUCCACCUCGUUCAGCUGCAUCACCUGCGCUCCGCAAGCCGCGCGACUCGACCAGGGCGGGCAAAAAGCAGCAGCAGCAGACCGCGACGCCCGACGAGGUCGCCCGCUCGUGCCACAUGCACAAGAGCCACAAGGCGCAGCCUCGCAUGACGUGCCUCAACGCUCCCGACUGUCGCACCGUGUGGUGCACCAAGUGUGUCGUCCAGCACUACCUCGCCUGUACGCCAAACGGCGUCUUCGAGCCGGCAACGCUCUUCCUGUGCCCCGUGUGCCUCGACGUCUGCCUGUGCGGCAACUGCAAGCGCCAGCGCCUCGCCGUCGGCCGUCGCUCGACCAGCGUCGACACGCCCGUCGAUGUCAAGGACCUCGACUCGGCGGCGCCGCGGCCCAAGAAGAAGCCUCGGCGCACGAGCACGGCGAGCGACAUGUCGAUGCCGGCGGUCGUGAUCGAGCAGCCGCGGCGGACGAGGAAGGGGCCGGACCCGUCGCUCAAGGUCGAGGUGAGCGACUCGGAGGGCGACGCGGCGAGCGUGUCUCGGCUGUUGAGGGGCGCGGUCGGGCAGGGUGCGACGCGUGCGACGCCGGUCGAGGACGUCAAGCCUGUCGUGGCGCGCGAGCUCGCGCCGGCCGCCGUACCCGCCCAGCCGGCGUACAAGCUCAAGGUCAAGCCGCCUCGCCGCCGAAGCUCGUUCGACCGCGCCUACGACCACCCGUCCAUCUACGUCCCCCUCCCUGCAUCCGCCACCGCCGCCGAUCGGAGCGCGCCGCCCGACCCGCUCGCCACCGCCGCAGCCGCACCCCCUUCCUCCUCCAUGUACGACAAGCCCGGCCGCCGUCGCCCGACCGUCCCUCGACCUCCCCGCAUUCCUCGUGUCCCACGCUCGGCAGCGCCACCCGCGCCCGCAUCCUCCUCAUCCGCCGCCGCCCCGACACCUCUCGUACCCGCACCUGCACCCGCCCAGUCCGCGCACGCGCACGGCUCCGUCUUCGCCCCUACCCCUCCCGCUCCCGGCUCAGCACCCGCCCCGACCUACAACUCGCGCCCGAUCAUGCCGACCGCAGCCGCAUCGCGCUCGAGGCGGACCAAGCGCCCGAGCACGGCGUUCGACGACUAUGCGCUCGACAGCGCCACGUCGUCGGCCGCCGGCCUCGGCGACCGCUACUCGCCGUCGUACGAGGUGGCGCAGCCGGUGGCGUCGACGCGCAAGGGCGGGCGGCAGAGCGGCGCGGCGUCGGCGACCUUGCCGUCGUCGCUCAAGCGCAAGGCGCCUCGGCGCUACUCGGGCCUGUCGAGCGCGUCGAGCUGCGACGAGCUGUCGUCCGACGACGACGGCACGUUCGACGACCUGUUCGACUCGGUGCCCAUGGUCGUCGAGGAGCAGCCGCUGCCCGUCCUCGCCGGCCUCGAGAAGAACCUCGAGGACGGCGCAGGGUCGGCCGGCGAGAGCCUCACGUUCGACGAGUUCGGCCUCGCGCUCAACCUCGAGUCGGCCGAGUCGAUGAGCGCGAGGCCCAAGGUCAAGUGGAUCGAGGGUCCCGAGCGGCGGCGCAGGAGGGCCAUGGCGGCCGCCGCCGUCGCCGCCGUCGCUGCCGGCGAGACCGAGACGUCGGACGCGCCGACGCCCGAGCCCGUCGUCGCCAUCGACUCGUCCACGUCGGUGUCGCCGUCGGUCCCGCUCCUCUCGCUGCCUGCGACGACGGGCGAGUCGCCCGUGCCGCCAGGCGGCCUCGGUGCGCGCUCGACUUCCGAGCAGCCUCCCGCCUCGGGCCUCGGCCGCGACAAGAAGGCCGAGCCCGCGCGUGCAGCUUCGGAGGAGCAGCCGCCGCCGUACGAGGCGCACUACCCGCGGUCGUCGUCGUCGGCGGCGCCUCUUCGACCUCCCGCCUCGGCUCCUCCCGCCACUGCCGCGCCCGGCGAUGACCUGCGCGGUCGCUCGCCAACCGACGCCAAGCUCGCCUUUGCGCUCCUCGACGCCGUGCGCGCCGCCGUCGCGCCUCGUGACGGCUCGAGCAGCAGCGGCAGCAGCGCAACCGCCCAUGGCAACGGCUGCGGCAGCUUCGGCGCCGCCAUCGACGCCCUGUUCGGCACGACGCAGCACGGCUUGACGUCGUCGUCGACGUCUACUUCCCUCGUCAACUCGCCCGCCAAGCCCUCGUCGACCGACGCCGCAUCGGCCUCGCCCGUUCCCUCAUCUCGCUCGGCCGCCCACCACGCCGUCAAUGUCGACCUCGACGCUGCAACUGCCGAGGCCGAGCGUCGCCGUGCCACGCUUGCCGCCGCCGCCGAGGUCGACCCGGUCAAGGCGUUCAAGCCCCUCGCUGCCGAGCGAGCCGACGCCCAGUUCUUCGGCGCGCCGGUCCCGCUCGUCGAGGACGACGACUCGGUCGACUUGUCCGUCCAGCAAGGUCCUGUCGUCAGUCGGCGUGACACGGACGACUCGGCGUUCGGCGGGUUCGACGACGUGUUCGAGUUCGAGAUCGGCUCGCCCGUCGACGACCUGUGGACGCCGGCGAGCGCCGCCGAGUCGGUCGGCGCGUCGGCGCGGUCGACGUCGACUGCGCCCUCGAGCGCGUUCGACGAGCGCGGCGGCGGCGUCGCCGCCAACACGGUCCACGCCGGGCUCGACGACGCGGCCGGGCCCUUCUCGGCGUCAGCGUCGGCCACGCCGGUUGAGCGCAAUGCGCACGACGGCGCCCAGAGCUGCGUGUCGCCGACGCGUGGGCUCCUCGCCGAUGCGCUCGCGUGCGGCAUGAGCGUCGACGGCAUGCUCCCGCUGUCGGACGAGGACCGCGCGUGGAGCCUGCCGGUGCCGAUGGAGGACGUGCGCGCCGCUUGACGACCUCUCUCUCUCUCCUUCUUGCGGGAUGUACCUAGAAGCCCUUGUCCCCGUUCCCUGUCUAUUCCCCUCCCCCCUCUGUUUCCGACUCGCCGCUCGACGGCCUCGCUCCCCCUUCCCCCCUCCCCUCUCUAGUUGUCCCCCCUCAAUUGUACCCUUUCUACCACUCGAUGAAACUUGCUGUCGUUCGCUGUU